AAGUGUGGUUUCGCGUCUGGUCUGCAUUAAAAGUGUGAUUUGAGGUGUAAAAGGACUUUUUUCUCGCCCGCGACCGUGUGCAAAGCAUGGGUGACUCCAUAGAGAGCACGGAGCCGCCGGCGGAUUCGCAGAAUGUGGCGAUUAUGGAGUACGGGGCGUUCGCGAAUUACCUGCGGAAGGCGACCACCAUUUUGCUGCCGGAGGAAGAUGUGGUGCCGCCCGCUCUCAACCUAGCGCUGGAGGACCGCAGCAAUCAGGAGAGCGUCCGCAAGUUCCUCGGCGACUCCCAGGUGCAGGCGCUCUACAUCCAGCGCUGCUGCUCCAAAGAGGAUGAGAAUGAUCAGAGCCCAGAAGGCGAUGAGGAGAAGGAGAUGGUGACUUACUACAUCAGCAACGAAGUCAUCUACUCCAACCAUCGCAUGUCAUCUCUGGUGUGCAUCAAGCGCGGAGGAGUUGUGGAGGCAGACAAGUCAAUCCACACGCAAGUGCGCCUCAUCAAUUUUUCCGAGGGCUCUCCAUAUGAGACCCUCCAUGCGUUCAUCAGCAAAUCGCUGGCGCCCUACUUCAAGAGCUACAUCAAGGAGUCGGGUCGCGCUGAUCGCGACGGCGACAAGAUGGUGCCCAGCGUUGAGAAGAAACUCGCGGAAUUGGAGAUGGGAUUGCUGCACUUGCAGCAGAACAUCGACAUCCCCGAGAUCUCUCUCAUUGUCCACCCGAUUGUGAGUCAGACGAUCAAGAAGUGCGCCGACGACGGACACAAGGCGAAAGUGGGUGACUUUGGGGACAAAGUGGAGGAUUCCUCCUUCCUCAAUCAACUCCAGAACGGCGUUAACCGCUGGAUCAAGGAGAUCCAGAAGGUGACGAAGCUCGAUCGCGAUCCGUCGAGUGGCACGGCACUGCAGGAGGUGAGCUUCUGGCUCAACCUCGAGCGUGCUCUCCAUCGCAUUCAGGAGAAGCGCGAAUCCCUGGAAGUGACACUAACACUGGACAUUCUGAAGCACGGCAAGCGUUUUCAUGCGAUUGUCUCCUUCGACACGGACACUGGAUUGCAGCAAGCACUCGCCAUGGUUGCUGACUACAAUCCCCUGAUGAAGGAUUUUCCCAUCAAAGACUUGCUCUCCGCGACUGAAUUGGAAAAAAUACGAUCAGCUGUCCAGUCUAUCUUUUCGCACUUGCGUAAGGUGAGGAGCACGAAGUAUCCGAUACAGCGCGCUCUCAGACUCAUUGAGGCGAUAUCUCGUGAUCUGGGGCAACAGCUGCUGAAGGUUUUGGGCACCAGGCGACUUAUGCACAUCCCUUUUGAUGAGUUUGAACGCGUGAUGAAUCAAUGCUUCGAGGUGUUUAGCUGUUGGGACGACGAGUACGACAAGUUGCAGGCACUGAUGAGGGAUAUUGUGAAGAAGAAGCGUGAUGAGCAGUUGAAGAUGGUGUGGCGCGUGACUCCGGCUCACAAGAAGUUGCAAGUGCGCAUGGAGAACAUGAGAAAGUUCCGGCGACAGCAUGAACAAUUGCGAACUGUCAUUCUGCGCGUCUUGCGUCCGUCUAGACAGCCUGAGAGUGGCCAGAGUGAUAGCAUUCCGGAGACGAAGCAGCCUUACAGCCUCGAGGCGACUGACGCCAAUGCCAUUGAAGAGGUGAAUCUUGCGUAUGAGAAUGUGAAGGAGGUAGAGUGUCUGGACAUCACUAAGGAGGGUACAGAGGCAUGGGAUGCGGCUGUCAAGCGAUAUGAGGAGCGAAUUGAUCGCGUGGAGACUCGCAUCACGGCGCAUCUUCGUGACCAGCUCGGCACAGCGAAGAAUGCCAAUGAGAUGUUCAGGAUCUUCUCGAGAUUCAAUGCUCUGUUCGUGCGUCCGCACAUCCGUGGUGCCAUCAGGGAGUAUCAGAUUCAGCUGAUUCAGCGCGUGAAGGACGACAUUGAGGCUCUGCAUGAGAAGUUCAAAGUGCAGUAUCCGCAGAGCAAGAGCUGCCGCAUCUCCAACGUGAGGGAUUUGCCACCGGUGGCGGGAUCGAUAAUCUGGGCUCGUCAAAUUGACAACCAACUUACGAUGUAUCUCAAGCGGGUGGAAGAUGUGCUGGGCAAAGGCUGGGAAUCCCACAUUGAGGGGCAGAAGCUGAAGAAUGACGGCGACAGUUUUCGCGCCAAGCUGUCCACCUUUGAGGUGUUCCAGGACUGGGCCAGGAAGGUGCAGGAGAGAAACUUUGGCAUCAGCGGAAGAAUCUUCACGAUUGAGUCCAGUCGUUCGCGCACUGGACGCGGAAGUGUUCUGAAACUCAAGGUGAAUUUCCUGCCGGAGAUCAUUAUGCUGUAUAAGGAAGUUCGAAAUUUGAAGAGUCUGGGAUUUAGAGUUCCACUGGCAAUUGUGAACAAGGCUCACCAGGCGAAUCAAAUCUAUCCAUUUGCAAUUUCACUCAUUGAGAGCGUGAGGACAUACGAGAGAACUCUGGACAAGCUAACAAAUAGGAGUUUAGCACAUAAUUCCGUAUUUAAGAUUGAAGAUCGCGCCAGUAUUGUUCCACUUGUGGCGGGCUUGCGCAAAGAUGUGCUGGCACUCAUCUCUGAGGGUAUUCAGCUGGUUUGGGAGAGCUACAAGUUGGAUCCAUAUGUGCAGCGCCUGUCGGAGUGUGUGGUGGCGUUCCAGGAGAAGGUGGAGGAUCUUCUGGUGGUGGAGGAGCAACUGGAUGUUGAUGUUCGUUCGCUGGAGACAUGUCCCUACUCAGCGGCAACUUUUGCGGACAUUCUGUCGAAGAUUCAGCACGCUGUGGAUGAUUUGUCGCUGAGGCAGUACUCAAAUCUCCAUGUGUGGGUGGCCAGGCUUGAUGAGGAGGUGGAGAAGAAAUUGGCAGCACGUCUACAGGCUGGCAUUCAAGCGUGGACUGAUGCUCUCACGGGGAACAAGAAAGAAGUGGACUUGUCCAUGGACACUGACGCGCCGACACAGCCGACACACAAGCCAGGAGGAGAGCCACAGAUUCAGAAUGCUAUCCAUGAGAUUCGCAUCACGAAUCAGCAGAUGUAUCUCUAUCCUUCGAUUGAGGAGGCUCGCUUCCAGAUCAUGCAGCAGUUAUUUGCCUGGCAAGCGAUUGUCACGUCUCAGACGCGUCUGCAGAGUUCUCGCUAUCAAGUGGGUCUGGACAAGCCUGUGUCUCAGACGUACAGGAAUCUCCUGACCAAAUUGCCCACAGGCUCAGAGACCAUUGAGCACGCAUACGAUGCUAUUGAGGGCAAGAUUGGUGAGGUGCGUGUGUAUGUCGAUGAAUGGCUUCGCUAUCAGAGUCUCUGGGAUCUCCAGCCGGAUAUUCUCUAUGGACGUCUCGGGGAGGAGAUCAAUUUGUGGAUCAAGUGCUUGAAUGACAUCAAAAAGUCUCGCACGACGUUCGAUACAUCAGAUACUCGUCGCGCUUAUGGGCCCAUUGUCAUAGAUUAUGCCAAGGUGCAGGCAAAGGUGACUCUCAAGUAUGAUUCCUGGCACAAGGAGGCUCUCAGCAAGUUUGGAUCGCUCCUCGGCAAUGAGAUGACCACUUUCCAUGGAAAAGUGUCAAAGUCUCGCAAUGAUUUGGAGCAGCAGAGCAUUGAGGCGGCCAGCACUUCCGAUGCUGUGAGCUUCAUAACGUACGUGCAAUCGUUGAAGAAGGAGAUGUUGAUCUGGGAUAAGCAAGUGGAGGUUUACCGCGAGGCACAGAGAAUCCUUGAGCGCCAGCGUUUCCAAUUUCCCAAUACAUGGCUUCAUGUGGACAACAUCGAGGGUGAGUGGUCUGCGUUCAAUGAGAUCAUGAAGCGCAAGGAUUCGGCCAUUCAGACUCAAGUGGCCAGUCUGCAGGCGAAGAUUGUGGCUGAGGACAAGGCGGUGGAGACUCGCACAGCUGAUUUCCUCAAUGAUUGGGAGAAGAACAAGCCGACUGGAGGCAGGAUCAGGCCCGAUGAUGCCUUGCAGCACUUGCAGAUGUUCGAGACCAAGUUCUCUCGACUCAAGGAGGAGCGUGACAAUGUGGCCAAGGCGAAGGAAGCGCUCGAACUCCAAGAAUCGGCAAUUCAGAACAACAGUGGCGAGAGGAUGAAUGUGGUUCUUGAGGAAUUGCAGGACUUGCGCGGAGUUUGGAGUGAAUUGUCUAAGAUCUGGACUCAAAUUGAUGAAACGCGUGAGAAACCGUGGUUGUCCGUUCAACCGCGCAAGCUUCGUCACUCUCUCGAGACUAUGUUGAGUCAGCUGAAGGAGCUUCCAGCUCGUCUCCGGAUGUACGAGAGCUAUGAGUACGUGAAGAAGCUGCUCCAAAGCUACAUCAAGGUCAACAUGUUGAUCAUCGAGUUGAAAUCUGAUGCUCUGAAGGAGCGUCACUGGAAGCAAUUGACCAGGCAACUCAAAGUGAACUGGAUUCUCUCGGAUUUGACUCUUGGACAAGUGUGGGACAUCAAUCUGCUGAAGAAUGAGGCCAUUGUCAAGGACAUCAUUCUCGUGGCUCAGGGAGAAAUGGCUCUCGAGGAGUUCUUGAAGCAAGUUCGCGAAUCCUGGCAAAACUACGAAUUGGAUUUGAUCAAUUACCAGAACAAGUGCAGGAUUAUCCGCGGCUGGGAUGAUUUGUUCAACAAGGUUAAGGAGCACAUCAACUCUGUGGCGGCUAUGAAGCUAUCGCCGUACUAUAAAGUCUUUGAGGAGGAGACACUGACUUGGGAGGAGAAACUGAAUCGCAUCAAUGCCUUAUUUGAUGUCUGGAUUGACGUCCAACGUCGCUGGGUGUAUUUGGAGGGAAUCUUCUCUGGAAGCGCAGAUAUUAAGACUCUUCUGCCAGUGGAAACUUCUCGGUUCCAGAGCAUUAGCUCUGAAUUUUUGGGCUUGAUGAAGAAAGUGGCAAAGUCCCCGAAAGUCAUGGACGUUCUCAACAUUCCAGCUGUUCAGCGCUCACUGGAACGCUUGGCUGAUUUGCUGGGUAAGAUCCAGAAGGCUCUGGGAGAGUAUCUUGAGCGAGAGCGUACUUCUUUCCCGCGAUUCUACUUCGUGGGUGAUGAAGACUUGCUGGAGAUCAUCGGCAAUAGCAAGAAUGUGGCUCGUCUGCAGAAGCACUUCAAGAAAAUGUUUGCUGGAGUUGCUUCCAUCAUUCUGAAUGAGGACAACACUGUGGUUCUGGGAAUAGCAUCGCGUGAGGGAGAGGAAGUGAAGUUUGUUCAUCCUGUGUCAACAGUUGAGCAUCCCAAGAUCAAUGAGUGGUUGAGUUUGGUUGAGAAGGAAAUGCGCUUCACUCUGGCAUCGUACUUGGCUCAGGCUGUUCAGGACAUUAAGCAGUUCAAGGAUGGACAAAUUGAUCCGCAGAAGUACAUGGAAUGGUGUGACAAGUAUCAGGCACAGAUUGUCGUUCUGGCAGCACAAAUUCUGUGGUCAGAAGAUGUCGAGUCUGCGCUGCAGCAGAGUUCUGAGAACACGAGUGGGAAGAAUCCUAUGAAUCGCGUCCUGACAACCGUGGAGGCGACUCUGAAUGUGCUUGCGGACUCAGUGCUGCAGGAACAGCCUCCGCUGAGGCGUCGCAAGCUAGAGCAUCUGAUCAAUGAGUUUGUCCACAAGAGAACUGUGACUCGUCGCCUGAUCGCCAACAAAGUGACCAAUCCCAAGUCCUUCCAGUGGCUCUGUGAGAUGCGCUUCUACUUUGAUCCUCGCCAAACGGAGGUUCUGCAGCAACUCACCAUUCACAUGGCCAAUGCCAAGUUCUUCUAUGGCUUUGAGUAUUUGGGAGUGCAGGAUCGUCUCGUGCAGACUCCUCUGACCGAUCGCUGCUAUUUGACAAUGACACAGGCUCUGGAAUCACGUCUCGGCGGCUCUCCAUUUGGACCGGCUGGCACAGGAAAAACUGAAUCCGUUAAAGCAUUGGGUCACCAAUUGGGUCGCUUCGUGUUGGUCUUCAAUUGUGAUGAAACCUUCGAUUUCCAGGCCAUGGGCCGAAUCUUUGUGGGUCUGUGUCAAGUUGGAGCCUGGGGAUGCUUCGAUGAGUUCAAUCGACUGGAGGAGAGAAUGCUUUCGGCUGUUUCACAGCAGAUCCAAACCAUCCAGGAAGCUCUGAAGUCACAUCAGGACAGCAACAAAGAUACUCAGAGUAUCACUGUCGAAUUGGUUGGAAAGCAAGUUCGUGUGUCUUCUGACAUGGCAAUAUUCAUCACGAUGAAUCCUGGUUAUGCUGGACGAUCUAAUCUUCCGGACAAUUUGAAGAAACUCUUCAGAUCUCUGGCAAUGACAACACCUGAUCGUCAACUAAUUGCCGAAGUGAUGCUCUUCAGUCAGGGCUUCCGCUCGGCUGAGAAGUUGGCCUGCAAAAUAGUGCCCUUCUUCAAGCUCUGCGAUGAGCAACUCUCCAAUCAGUCUCACUACGAUUUUGGACUGCGAGCAUUGAAGUCUGUCCUCGUGUCCGCUGGUAAUGUGAAACGUGAUCGCAUCAUGAAGAUCAAGGAUAAUAUGAAGCAGCGUGGAGAGGAGAACAUCGACGAGGCGUCCAUUGCUGAGAAUCUGCCGGAACAAGAGAUCCUGAUUCAGUCAGUUUGCGAGACGAUGGUGCCCAAACUCGUGGCUGAGGAUAUUCCACUGCUGUUCUCCCUGCUGAGUGAUGUCUUCCCGAAUGUGGGCUACACCAGGGCGGAGAUGAAGGGACUCAAGACGGAGAUCCGGAAGGUGUGCGCUGAGGAGUACUUGGUGUGCGGCGAAGGAGAUGAGCAGGGAUGCGCUUGGAUGGAAAAGGGAUUCGGAGAGACGUGGGUGGAAAAAGUGCUGCAACUCUAUCAAAUCUCCAACCUCAACCAUGGCUUGAUGAUGGUGGGUCCGUCUGGAUCUGGAAAGUCUACUGCUUGGAAGGUGCUCUUGAAGGCUCUCGAGAGAUUUGAGGGAAUCGAAGGAGUGGCUCAUGUUAUCGAUCCGAAAGCCAUCUCAAAGGAGGCUCUCUAUGGUGUCCUUGAUCCCAAUACUCGUGAGUGGACAGAUGGUCUCUUCACGCACAUCCUGAGAAAGAUCAUAGACAACGUUCGUGGUGAAAUCAACAAGCGUCAGUGGAUCAUCUUUGAUGGUGAUGUGGAUCCUGAGUGGGUUGAGAACUUGAACUCUGUUCUCGACGACAACAAGCUCCUGACUCUGCCCAAUGGCGAGCGUCUCUCACUGCCGCCAAAUGUGAGGAUUAUGUUUGAGGUGCAGGACUUGAAGUUCGCCACUUUGGCCACGGUUUCUCGUUGUGGAAUGGUGUGGUUCUCAGAGGAUGUCCUGUCAACUGAAAUGAUCUUCGACAACUACAUGAUGCGUCUCAGGAACAUCCCACUUGAAGAUUCUGAUGAUGACUACUUCGCGUCGGCGACAAAGGAGAAGAAGGAUGAUGAAGCUUCACCGGCGCUUCAAACGCAGAGAGAAGUGGCCGCUCUCUUGCAAUCCUACUUUGCUGCUGAUGGCCUUGUUGUGCGGUGCUUAGAGUAUGCAAUGGAGCAGGAGCAUAUUAUGGACUUUACGCGAUUGAGAGCUUUAAGCUCGCUAUUUUCCAUGCUAAAUCAAGCAGCGAGGAAUGUGUUGAUCUUCAAUUCACAACAUCCAGAUUUCCCCGUGACUUCUGAGCAACUGGAGCAGUUCAUCCCCAAGGCUUUGGUUUAUUCCCUGCUAUGGUCAUUUGCUGGGGAUGCUAAACUGAAGGUUCGCUCGGAUUUGGGCGAUUUCAUUAGGAGUGUGACUACGAUUGGUUUGCCAAGCAACACAGGCGCUCCUAUCAUCGACUAUGAGGUCAGCAUUAAUGGAGAUUGGCUUCCGUGGUCCAACAAAGUGCCUGUGAUUGAGGUGGAGACUCACAAAGUGGCAGCUCCGGACGUUGUGGUGCCCACAUUGGAUACUGUGAGGCACGAAUCGCUUCUCUAUACUUGGUUGGCGGAGCACAAGCCCAUAGUUCUCUGUGGUCCUCCUGGAUCUGGUAAAACCAUGACACUCUUCUCAGCACUUAGAGCUCUUCCGGACAUGGAAGUGGUUGGAUUGAAUUUCUCCUCAGCCACCACGCCUGAGUUGCUGCUGAAGACUUUCGAUCACUACUGCGAGUAUCGCAAGACACCCAACGGCGUUGUUCUGGCUCCUGUCCAGAUCGGCAAGUGGCUGGUGUUGUUCUGUGACGAAAUCAAUCUGCCAGACAUGGAUUCGUAUGGAACACAGCGCGUGAUUUCGUUCCUGCGACAAUUGGUGGAGCACAAGGGCUUCUACAGGGCCGGUGAUCAAUCUUGGGUGACGCUGGAGCGUAUCCAAUUUGUUGGCGCAUGCAAUCCGCCCACUGAUCCGGGACGGAAGCCACUCUCGCAUCGCUUCUUGCGCCACGUGCCGAUUAUCUAUGUGGAUUACCCCGGUGAGACGUCUCUGAAGCAGAUUUACGGCACAUUCAGUCGUGCAAUGCUGCGUAUGAUGCCAUCGCUGCGUGGCUAUGCCGAGCCAUUGACCAAUGCAAUGGUGGAAUUUUAUCUGGCAUCGCAGGAUCGCUUCACGCAAGACAUGCAGCCACACUAUGUCUAUUCACCGCGUGAGAUGACACGCUGGGUGAGGGGAAUCUGCGAGGCCAUUCGGCCACUGGAUACGCUAUCUGUGGAGGGAUUGGUGCGUCUGUGGGCUCACGAGGCGCUGCGUCUCUUCCAGGAUCGCCUUGUGGAUGAGUCCGAGAGGAGGUGGACGAAUGACAAUAUUGACAUUGUCGGAGCAAAGCACUUCCCGUCCGUGGAUCAUGAUAAGGCCCUCGCCAGGCCCAUUCUGUACAGCAACUGGCUCUCGAAGGACUACAUGCCGGUCAAUAGGGAUGAGUUGCGUGACUAUGUGAAGGCUCGUCUGAAGAUAUUCUACGAGGAGGAGCUGGAUGUGCCUCUUGUGCUGUUUGACGAAGUCCUGGAGCAUGUUCUGCGCAUUGACAGAAUUUUCCGUCAGCCACAAGGGCAUUUGCUGCUGAUUGGUGUCUCAGGAGCAGGAAAGACCACGUUGUCUCGCUUCGUGGCGUGGAUGAAUGGCUUAUCGGUGUUCCAGAUCAAGGUGCACAACAAGUACACAAGUGAGGACUUUGAUGAGGACUUGAGAUCAGUUUUGAGGCGAUCUGGAUGCAAGGAUGAGAAGAUUGCUUUCAUCCUGGACGAGUCUAAUGUUCUGGAUUCGGGCUUCCUUGAGAGAAUGAACACUCUCCUGGCCAACGGCGAAGUGCCUGGUCUGUUCGAGGGAGAUGAAUACACAACUCUCAUGACCCAGUGCAAGGAAGGAGCUCAAAGAGAGGGUCUUAUGCUGGAUUCCAGCGAUGAACUGUACAAGUGGUUCACGCAGCAAGUGAUGAGGAAUCUCCAUGUUGUGUUUACAAUGAAUCCCUCAACGGAUGGACUUAAAGAUAGGGCAGCAACAUCUCCGGCUCUCUUCAAUCGAUGCGUCCUGAAUUGGUUCGGCGACUGGUCAGAAUCUGCUCUGUUCCAGGUGGGCAAAGAGUUCACAAUUCGCGUGGAUCUUGAGAAGCCCAAUUGGACUGCACCAGAUUUCUUCCCGUCCGCUUGUCCACUCAUCCCAGCAACGCCAAAUCAUCGCGAUGCCGUGAUCAAUGCAUGCGUGUAUGUCCAUCAGACACUGCACAAGGCCAAUGCUCGGCUGGCUAAGCGCGGUGGACGCACAAUGGCAAUCACACCUCGUCACUAUCUGGACUUUAUCCAUCAUAUGGUGAAGUUGUACAAUGAGAAGCGCAGUGAUUUGGAGGAGCAGCAACUUCACCUGAAUGUUGGUCUCAACAAGAUUGCCGAAACUGUAGAACAAGUGGAGGAGAUGCAAAAGUCCUUGGCGGUGAAGUCUCAGGAGUUGCAGGCGAAGAACGAAGCUGCCAAUGCGAAGUUGAAGCAGAUGUUCAAGGAUCAACAGGAGGCGGAGAAGAAGAAGGUGCAAUCCCAGGAGAUUCAGAUACAACUCGCCGAGCAGACGGUGCAGAUUGAGGAGAAGAGGAAGCAUGUUAUGGCUGAUUUGGCACUGGUGGAACCGGCUGUUAUUGACGCUCAACUCGCUGUAAAGUCCAUCAGGAAGCAGCAUCUCGUCGAAGUUCGCUCAAUGGCGAAUCCGCCGGCUGUUGUGAAAUUGGCACUCGAAUCGAUAUGCUUGCUGCUGGGUGAAAAUGCAUCCGAUUGGAAAUCGAUUCGAGCCGUGAUAAUGCGGGAGAACUUUAUUAAUUCCAUUGUCUCUAACUUCAGUACUGAAGACAUAACCGAUGAUGUCCGCGAAAAGAUGAAGACUCGCUAUCUCUCGAAUCCAGAGUACAAUUUCGAGAAGGUCAAUCGCGCCAGUAUGGCUUGUGGACCUAUGGUGAAAUGGGCUAUCGCUCAGAUCGAAUACGCUGACAUGCUGAAGAGAGUGGAACCUCUUCGCGAUGAGCUUCAAUCUCUGGAGGAACAGGCUGAAGUGAACAUGACACACGCACAGGAUAUCAAGGAUCUAAUAUCUCAGCUGGAACAGAGCAUUGCUGCCUACAAAGAGGAGUAUGCACAGUUGAUUUCUCAAGCCCAAGCCAUCAAGACGGACUUGGAGAAUGUUCAGGCAAAGGUUGAUCGAUCCAUUGCACUGCUGAAGAGUCUCAACAUUGAGAGAGAGCGCUGGGAAGCCACAAGUGAGACAUUCCGCUCUCAAAUGUCCACAAUCAUUGGAGAUGUUCUCCUGUCGGCCGCCUUCAUUGCCUACGGUGGAUACUUUGACCAGCACUACAGAAACAAUCUCUUCACCACUUGGUGUCAACAUCUGCAGGCGGCUAGUAUUCAGUAUCGCGCGGAUAUUGCGAGGACUGAGUACUUGUCCAAUCCCGAUGAGAGACUCCGUUGGCAAGCAAAUGCCCUGCCGACUGAUGAUCUGUGCACGGAGAAUGCAAUUAUGCUGAAGAGAUUCAAUCGCUAUCCGCUGAUCAUUGAUCCUUCGGGUCAGGCAACUGAGUUCAUCAUGAAUGAGUUCAAGGACAAGAAGAUCACAAAGACAAGCUUCCUGGAUGAUUCAUUCAGGAAGAAUCUGGAAUCUGCCCUGCGAUUUGGCAAUCCACUUCUCGUGCAGGAUGUCGAGAAUUACGAUCCCAUCCUCAAUCCGGUGCUGAAUAAGGAGUUGAGACGAACUGGAGGACGAGUUCUCAUCUCUCUGGGUGAUCAGGAUAUCGAUUUGUCACCAUCAUUUGUGAUCUUCCUGUCAACAAGGGAUCCAACGGUGGAAUUCACACCUGAUAUCUGCUCUCGUGUGACUUUUGUGAACUUUACAGUGACCAGAAGUUCACUCCAGAGUCAGUGUCUCAACCAGGUGUUGAAGGCAGAGCGUCCGGAUAUUGAUGAGAAGCGAUCGGACUUGCUGAAAUUGCAGGGUGAAUUCCAUCUGAGAUUGCGUCAGCUGGAGAAGAGUCUCCUUCAGGCACUCAAUGAUGCCAAGGGAAAGAUUCUCGACGAUGACUCGGUGAUCACAACACUGGAGACACUCAAGAAGGAGGCUGCGGAUAUUGGUCAGAAGGUCGAGGAGACAGACAAGGUUAUCGCUGAGAUUGAGACAGUGUCCCAACAGUACAUGUCACUGUCUCAGGCUUGCAGCAACAUCUACUUCACCAUGGACAGCCUCAAUCAAGUGCACUUCCUCUAUCAGUAUUCACUGAAGAUGUUCCUGGACAUCUUCAGCACUGUCCUGUACAACAAUAACCGCCUGGAAGGUGUCACUGAUUACGGAACUCGCCUGGGAAUAAUCACGAAGGAUCUGUUUGCCGUGUGCUAUGAUCGUGUUGCCAGAGGAAUGCUGCAUGCUGAUCGUCUGACAUUCGCUCUCCUUCUGUGCAGGAUUCAUCUGAAGGGCACGUCAGAGUCCAACAUGGAUCAGGAGUUCAAUUUCUUCCUGAGAAACAAGGAGGGAAUCGUCAGUGGUCAGCAGAGAGUGGAGGGAUUGACUGGAGAGCAGCUGGAAGGUGUCAAUCGCUUGGCUACACGUCUUCCAAUCUUCCGGAAGCUGUUGGAUAAGGUGAAAUCCAUGCCGGAACUUGGAGCUUGGCUGCAACAGAGCUCUCCGGAGCAAUGUGUUCCCCAGUUGUGGGACGAAUCGAAGGCACUUUCGCAAAUUGUGGCUGCUAUGCAUCAACUUCUCCUGAUUCAGGCUUUCCGCCCUGACAGAGUGAUCGCUGCGGCAAAUGUGUUUGUGGCCACAGUUCUGGGAGAGGACUUUAUGCCUUUGGCUGAGAAGGAGUUGGACUUCUCGACGGUUGUGGAGAAACAACUGACAAGCAACACACCUGCUCUUCUCUGUUCCGUUCCUGGAUUUGAUGCAUCGAGUCGAGUGGAUGAUUUGGCGGCAGAGUUGAAUAAGCAAAUCUCAAGCAUUGCCAUUGGUUCGGCUGAAGGCUUCAAUCAGGCUGAGAGAGCGAUCAAUGCUGCGUGCAAGAGUGGUCGUUGGGUGUUGCUGAAGAACGUUCACUUGGCUCCGCAGUGGCUUGUGCAGUUGGAGAAGAAGCUCCACUCUCUGCAGCCACAUGCCGCCUUCCGACUCUUCCUCACCAUGGAAAUCAGUCCCAGAGUUCCGGUGAAUCUUCUCCGUGCUGGAAGGAUCUUUGUCUACGAACCGCCACCAGGCAUUCGUGCUAAUCUUCUGAGGACUUUCUCAACCGUUCCCGCUGGGCGGAUGAUGAAGCAGCCCAGCGAGAGGGCGAGACUUUACUUCCUCCUUGCCUGGUUCCAUGCUAUUGUCCAGGAGAGAUUGCGCUAUGCUCCGCUGGGCUGGGCCAAGAAGUACGAGUUCAAUGAGUCGGAUUUGCGUGUUGCUUGUGACACUCUCGACACGUGGAUCGACGCCACGGCCAUGGGAAGAACCAAUCUGCCGCCAGAGAAAGUGCCAUGGGAUGCCUUGGUGACUCUUCUCUCGCAGAGUAUUUACGGUGGCAAGAUUGACAAUGACUUCGAUCAGCGUCUUCUGCAAUCCUUCCUCGCCAAGCUCUUCACGGCGCGCAGUUUUGAGGGUGACUUUGCUCUCGUUGCCAAUGUGGAUGGUGUUGCUGGCGGACCGAAUGGCCAGAGGCACAUUACGAUGCCUGAUGGUACUCGACGCGAUCACUUCUUGAAGUGGAUUGAAGGACUGGCGGAUCGCCAGACUCCUUCGUGGCUGGGAUUGCCCAAUAAUGCUGAGAGAGUUCUCCUGACCACGCGAGGAACGGACUUGAUUAGUAAAUUGCUGAAGAUGCAACAACUGGAGGAUGACGAUGAAUUGGCGUACAGCUCUGCCGAUGAGAGUCUGGAUCUCACGCAGACUAAGCAGGAAGACGGUCGCCCGUCGUGGAUGAAGACACUGCAUAAUAGUGCAUCAUCCUGGCUUGAGUUGCUGCCGAAAUCUCUGGCCACGCUUAAGAGGACUGUGGAGAACAUCAAGGAUCCGCUCUACAGAUACUUCGAGAGGGAGGUGGCGUCUGGUGCGAAGCUGCUGCAGACGGUCAUCUCUGAUCUGCAAGAUGUGGUGCUGAUCUGUCAGGGGGAGAAGAAGCAGACCAACCAUCAUCGCAGCAUGCUGAGUGAGCUCGUGCGAGGCAUUAUUCCGGUGGGAUGGCGUCGCUACACUGUGCCAGCGGGAUGCACGGUCAUCCAGUGGAUCACGGACUUCAGUCAUCGCGUGCAGCAACUGCAGAAGGUGUCCUCGCUGGUGUCCCAGGCGGGCGCCAAGGAGCUCCAGAGCUUCCCGGUGUGGCUGGGCGGAUUGCUCAAUCCCGAGGCGUACAUAACGGCGACGCGUCAGUGCGUGGCGCAGGCCAACAGUUGGUCGCUGGAGGAGCUGAUGCUGGAGGUGACGAUCAGCGAGACGAACUCAGAGGCUGACCAGAAGGACAGCUGCUUCGGCGUGGUGGGACUGAAACUGCAAGGUGCCCAGUGCAAGAGUAACCAACUGCUGCUCACUUCCACCAUCAUGAUGGACCUGCCCUUGACCCUGCUCAAGUGGUCACGAUCCAGCGGUGAGCAUCGCUCUGGCAAACUCACGCUACCCGUCUACUUGAACUCCACGCGAACGGAGCUCCUCUUCACUGUGGAUUUGGCCGUUGCACCUGGACAAGAUCCGCACAGUUUCUACGAGAGAGGUGUGGCCGUUCUGACAUCUACGGCGCUGAACUAAGGUAUGUCUCUAUCGGAUGAUGCGAAGGCGUGAGGGCAGGAGGAGGAGGAGGAGGAGGAGGAGUAGGAACGAGUGAAGAAGAUGCGAGGAGGAGCAGAUGUGACGGGCGAGUGAUGAAGAAAAUGGCACAGUGAAGGGCAGAUAAGAUCAUGUGAAAGAAUUAUCCAGUAAUGUUUAGCGCGCUAUAUUUGCAAUUCAAUGUUAUUCUCCUAUGCUUUCAACCUAAUCCGCAAUGUUUCACUUUUAUGCUUAACAAAUGGAAACACUUAUGCGAUAACUCGCAGGUAUAAUAUAAUCGUAAAUCUCAAAUAUAAUCACAAUUUGUUCGCUUUAUAAAGCACACAAUUGAUGGGCGCUUUCUUCUGGCGCAUUUCAAAUGCCACCACAGAAGAAAUUGCGCUCGGCUAAUUGAAAUAUAAAUUAUGCAAAUGAUAUCUA